AUGGCCAGCGAGAUCUUCACAUUAGAGGAGCACAGACAGAAUCCACGAAGUCGUCUACGGGUCUUGACUCUCCUCUCUGUUUUAUACGCUGCCCUGUUCAUCUCUGCCGUCAACACAACCACUGUCACAACGGCGCUACCCACAAUCGCAAAACACUUCCAAUCCACAUCAGGAUAUACCUGGGUUGGAGCUGCAUAUGUUCUUGCUGAUACCGCCUCAGGUCCUGUCUGGACCAAUUUCUCUGAUAUCUGGGGCAGGAAAGUGGUUUUUCUUAUGGCAGUGGCUCUUUUCAUGGUCAGCUCUUUUGUAUGUGGAUUUUCGACAAGUAUGGGGAUGCUUAUCUCUGGAAGAGCACUACAGGGCGCUGCUGCCGGCGCUAUAAUGUUGCUUGUAAAUAUUGUGAUUAGCGAUAUGUUUGAUAUGAGGCGACGAACUCUCUACCUGGGAAUUUGUGAUGUUAUAUGGGCUAUGUCCGGGGCCAUUGGUCCCGUUGUUGGAGGAGCAUUUGCCGAGUAUGCUGGAUGGAGAUGGAUUUGGUACACAAACAUCCCCAUCGCUGCGGUGACGUUUCUCGUCGUGUGUUUAUUCAUGGACGUCCACAAUCCCCGGACUCCGAUAUGGCGAGGUCUGAAAGCAGUCGAUUGGUUAGGCAGCGCGUCAUUACUAGCUGUGACACUCAUGGUUCUUCUCGGGCUCAACAUUGGUGGCGAAUAUACAGACUGGACUUCAUCAAAAGUCCUUGUUCUAAUCAUCGUUGGUCUUGCUCUUUCCGGUGUCUUUUUCUCUGUGGAAGCCAAAGUCGCAAAGUAUCCGGUCAUGCCGGUUCAGGUGUUCAAAAAUCGAUCUAAUGCCGCGGCAAUCGCGAUCGGUGCCUUGCACGCAUUUGCAAUGAUGGGCCCAGAGUACUAUCUCCCACUCUAUUUUCAAUCAUCAAAGCUGGCACAACCCCUACAAUCCGGCCUCUUGGGUCUUCCAUUCGUGUUUCUGGAAGGUAUGGGAGGUAUUAUCAGUGGACUAGUGAUUCACUACACGGGCCGCUACAACGCUCUCCUUUGGGCUGGCGCAGUCUUGAUGACCCUGGGCUUUGGGUUAUUGAUUGACCUCAAAUCUUCAACUGGCCUCGCCAAGAUCAUGAUCUACCAGAUCAUUGGUGCACUAGGGUCUGGUCUUCUAAUUCAACCACCCUUGGUUGCGAUCCAAGCGAAUGUAUCCCAACAGGAGACAGCCACGGCCACGUCAACGCUGACAUUCAUGCGUGGCCUGGCCCAGGCAGCAUCAAUAGUGAUUGGUGGAGUUGUCUUUCAGAGUUCCAUGAAUUUGAAGCAAUCGGAUCUUGUAAAUGCAGGACUGGCUCCGGACAUGGUAGCGACAUUUUCGGGGCAGGAUGCUCAGGUAAAUGUUGACCAGCUUCGAUCUAUAUCGGAUAUCACUCAACGGCAUGCUGUUCAGGAUUCGUAUGCAUGGAGCUUAGGAAAUGCUUGGAUUUUGUAUGCGGGAAUUGCUGGGCUUACCAUCGUUGCAUCGUAUUUUGUCGGAACACAUACUCUCUCUACGGAGCAUGUUGAGACGAGAACUGGUCUUGACGAAAGGGAGAGUAAAAGUUGA